CACGUACAUGUACGACGAUGACGUGGGUGACGGAGUGGAUGACGGAGCGGCAGUGUCAGCAGCACAGGGUUGUCUGGGCCCGCCACACCACUGGUAUGAUGAACCUCCAUACGAGUCUGACCCUGAAGACUUCCUCAUCGCCAAGGACACCUUCAGAGAGCCAUACGUGGGCAGCUUGCGUGUAGUGAUGAACGAGGAAGAUAUUAUCUCCCUGAGAACAGCUGGUGAUAUCUCUGUACCUCGUGACGUCACUAAGACCGCCCACACCCACUGGGCGGUAGGAGGCCCAGGGUUUGCCUUCCGCAGCCCCGCCCACCGCCACCCCACCCACACCCACUGGCCCGAGGCUGCUUACCAGAGUGGGCGCUGCGUGCCCACCUACGCCCAGCCCGUGUACGACAACGUACGUCUGAUUAACGUGCCUGCCGGUAGACCUGAGCGUCCGCGCCGACGGGAACCCGAGUACCACAAUGUAGACGCGUUGCGUGGGGGCGGUCGCCGCCCACGCCGCCCACUCCUGCGGGAGAGCGGCGGAGACUACGCUUCUGAUGUACACAGCGUCACCUCCCGACUCUCCAACGUGUCGGUGGAGACCAACCGAUCAGACCCCACCGACCUUCGUCUCUCCAAGUACACGGUGAGUGCACUCCACUCUCUCUGUCCUGCAUCCCUCCAUCUGUCUUCCUAACGUGUGUUCACCUAU